GUUUGUUGGGAUCGUUGCUAAGGACUGAUGAUGUUUUAAAGCUCAACUGCAGUCUUGGAUCAACCACUCUGCCACUAGACUCCAUUUGCACUUCACUGCAAAAGCAGAAAAAUAUAUAUUUAGCUUAACCCAGUAGAUUGUGUCUUUCCAACCGACCUUACAAGUGAUUUGAAUCUUCUUUGAGAAAGACAAUCCAUUGGGAAUGGAUGCACUGGCAUCUGAAGAAUACGCUUCACAGUCGAAACUACUUCAAGAGUUCACCAAUGCUCCCAGCAUUGACGGUGCUUGGGUUUUCCAGACCAACAAUGAAGACAGAUCCACAGCAAUGUAUUCGAUUAGCCAAACAAACCUACUGGCAAACAACAAGAGAAAAUAUAUUUUGUUUUCUCAUAUUAUGAGAAAUGGUACUAACCUUCUGGACUUUCAAUGGUCUCCUUUCCCUAUUCAAAUGGAUGGAGUGUCGGCUGUCGUACCAUCUCCAUCGGGAUCAAAGCUUCUUGUGGUGCGGAAUGGAGAGAAAGGUUCCCCUACAAAGCUUGAAAUUGUUGAUCAAUCACAUGUGGAGAAAGAGAUACAUGUAGCUCAGUCUGUCCAUGGUCCACUUUAUACUGAUGAGUGGUUUCAUGGGAUUUCCUGGAACCAAGAAGAGACCUUAAUAGCAUAUAUUGCUGAAGAUUCACCUGAACCAAAACCAGUUUUUGAUGAUACUGGAUAUAGAAAAGAAGGUUCUUCUGAGAAAGACUGCAAUAACUGGAAAGGGCAAGGGGAUUGGGAAGAGGAUUGGGGUGAAACUUACUCCAAAAAAGGGAGACCUUCAUUGUUUGUCCUUGACAUUAAUAGUGGAGAAGUACGAGCUGCAAAAGGCAUUUCAAGAUCAUUGAGCGUUGGCCAAGUUGUGUGGGCUCCACCAUCUUCAUGUGGAAGGCAGAAGUAUCUGAUUUUUGUUGGAUGGUUAGAGCACAAUGGGUUUCAGAAUACUCCUAGAAAACUAGGCAUCAAGUACUGUUCUAAUAGGCCAUGUUCUCUAUACUCAACUCUUUGCCCUUUCGAAGAAUCAGAUGUUGAUAAUGCACCAGCUAGUGAUUCUAAAUUAGAGCCUGCUUCAGUAGCAAUCAACUUAACUCCAAGCAUAAGCAGUGCUUUCUUUCCGCGGUUCAGCAAGGAUGGAAAACUUCUGGUGUUUCUAUCUGCAAAUCGUGCUGUAGACAGUGGAGCGCACAAUGCAACAGAUUCACUGCAUAAGAUCAACUGGCCUUCUGACUGGAAAAUGGAUCAAUACCUCGAAAUCACUGAUGUGAUUCCAAUUGUAAUGUGUCCUCAAGAUGGUUGUUUUCCUGGUUUGUAUUGUUCUUCCAUGCUAUCGAAUCCUUGGCUUUCUGAUCGAUGUACAAUGAUUCUGACAUCUGCUUGGAGAAGCACUGAAGUGAUAUUAUCAAUCGAUGUGUUGAGUGGAAAAGCAACAAGAAUAAGCCCAGAAAAUUCAGAGUACUCAUGGAGUGCUCUUGCAGUAGAUGGCCACAAUGUUCUUGCUGUGUCAAGCAGUCCCAUCGACCCACCUCAAAUUAAGUAUGGCCAUCAAGUGUCAUUGAAGGAUCAGACAUGUACAUGGGUCUGGGACGAAGUUAAUAAUAAUCCAUUGAUGGCAGCUAACAAUAAGGUAAAGGCUUUGUUGUCACAUCACCAAUUCAGCAUACUAAAAAUUCCAGUCACUAACCCCUCUGAUGACCUCUCUGAUGGCAGUAAGCUUCCAUUUGAAGCUAUCUUUGUGUCCUGCAAGGACAGUUCGCACAAACCAACUAUUCUAGUCCUUCAUGGUGGCCCACACUCAGUAUCUGUAUCAAGCUAUUCGAAAACAUCGGCGUUCCUCGCAUCACUUGGAUUUAACCUACUUAUUGUAAAUUAUCGAGGGACACCGGGUUUUGGAGAGGAGGCUUUGCAGUCACUUCCUGGAAAGGUUGGAUCUCAGGAUGUCCAAGACUGCCUUACAGCUCUAGACUAUGUCAUUGAGGGAGGACUUAUAGACGCAUCUAAAGUAGCUGUCAUCGGAAUUUCGCACGGUGGAUUCUUGACUACACAUCUGAUUGGUCAGGCUCCAGAUAGAUUUAUGGUGGCAGCUGCUCGUAAUCCAGUCUGCAACCUAUCACUGAUGAUUGGCACCACUGACAUUCCAGAUUGGUGUUAUGCAGUGGCCUGUGGGAGUGAAGGGAGGCAACAUGCCUCUGAAUCUCCUUCACCUGAUCAUCUUCGCCUCUUCUAUCAGAAAUCACCAAUUGCCCAUAUUUCGAAGGUGAAAGCGCCCCUGCUUAUGCUUCUUGGAGGAGCAGAUCUUCGAGUCCCCAUUUCUAAUGGCCUACAGUACGCAAGAGCUCUGAGAGAAAGAGGCGGCGAGAUCAGGAUCAUGAUGUUCCCAGACGACAUACAUGAAAUCAACAUACCACAAUCGGAUUUUGAGAGCUUCCUCAACAUUGGUGUCUGGUUCAAGAAGCAUCUUAGCAUAUCAGCAUCAGAUGCAUCUGCAUGAAGUCAACUUGAAGAAGGGGAGGAAGAAAUUACGUGGUUUAAUCUAGUCCAACAGGUAGAUGCCAUUGUAAGCCUUGUUCAUGGAGCUCGUCCGUAGACGAGUGCUCCAAAAUAUUAGAGACUUCCCUAUUGAAAAAAGUAAAUGGAGACUUUAAUUGGUUUGAGUUCUUUCCUUUUCCCUUCAA